AUGGCAAUCUGUCAUUGUUGUGUAGUUAGCUUCCGUGUAGCUGGGUAUCAAGGUUUGGAGCUUGGAGUUGGAGUGUCGGAUUUUGGCAAGGGGUUUGGAUCUUUGAGUCCGUGCACCCAAGCCUUGGCAAGGAAAGAAAGGGCACGGAUUGGGCUCUCCUUCCGAGUUGGGUGUCUAGAGCAAAUUCAGCGGACUAGGUGGGGGAGAAUUGAGCUGUGGCCUGUGACAGCCGAGGGAGGGCUGGGCCUCCUAAUUGGAGCCAGGCUCGUGGGUUGGAGCUGGGGUCCUGAAGCUGGGUACCUGAGUCCCUGCUGUGUUGGCAGCUUUGGUUUGGCUCGAGAAUUGUUCACGGUAAGAGCUUGGGCUGUGUUGUUGUUUCGGCAAGAACUUGGAAUUGAAUCACCGGGGCUGGGAGCUAAGGCCUUUGGCAAGGCUGGGCUUAGGGAGCUGGGCUAUCCGUAG